AUGAGUGCUCGUCAAAGGGAGGAAAAUCCACAUGAAGCAUCUUCCCUCUUUUCCAGAGCUCAAAAACAACAAAAUUAUGGCAGUAGUUUCCAUGAAGAACAAUUUACUGUUGACAUUGGAUUCCAAGAUUUAGGUCUUGUUUUGAGAGGUUCUGGUAAGAAGGUUCUUGAUGGUGUUACUGGUGAAAUCAAACAUGGUAAAUUGACUGCUGUCAUGGGUUUGAGUGGUGCUGGUAAGAGUACAUUUAUUACAACACUUUCCAAUCGUGCCUACUAUGGUGCUCAAGUUGGUAAAGUAUUUGUUAAUGGUGUUGAAGAACCAUUAUCAAAAUACAAUCGUAAGAUUGGAUUUGUUCCACAAGAUGAUAUUAUGAUUAGCUCUAUGACUGUCGAAGAAACCUUAUUCUUCUCAGCCAAGACAAGACUUGAUGCCAAUACUCCAUCUAAACAAAUUGAUUCCAUUGUAAAUGAUGUUAUCAAAGUUUUAAGAUUAGAAGAUGUCAGACACAGUAUUAUUGGAGAUCAAGAAAAGAGAGGUAUUUCUGGAGGUCAAAAGAAACGUGUUAAUGUUGGUAUUGAACUUGUUUCAUCUCCAUAUGUUUUGUUCUUGGAUGAGCCUACAUCAGGUUUGGAUUCUGCCAGCUCUAAGGAAGUUUGUGAAGCUCUUCAAGCAAUUUCUAGUUGUGGUAUCACUGUUAUUACAGUUAUUCACCAGCCUAGAUAUGAAAUUUUCAACAUGUUCGACAAUUUACUCCUCUUAGGUAAGGGUGGUAGAACCAUUUACUUGGGGUCAGUUCAUAGAGUCGAAGAAUACUUUAAGGAAAUUGGUUUUACUAAACCUCUUGGCACUAACUUGGCUGACUUUGUUAUUGACGUAUCUGCUGGUCUUAUGGAAAGAGAU